UGCCCAAAAUUUCAUCUCUAUCGCUAGGUUGACGAGGCAGAUUUGGAUUGAGGAAUGUUACAAGUCCGCAAAAGCAAAUCUUUUAGUAAUAUCGAGGGAUAACGAAAUAGACGAUUCCACUGAUUGUCAAUCUGUUCUUGAUAUAUAUGCUGUAUCAAAGGAGAUACAAAUGCUGCAGGCCACCCAUGAAGGAUUAUGCACACUUGGAAGAAUCGAUCCCUACAUCAAGAAUGUUCAUGAAUUUGUGGAAGUAAUUGAGACUUUAACCAGUAUAAGCCAAGACAGAGUGUUGAUUAUCUGGAAUACUUUCAAACUUCUUCUUAAGGUCUUUAGCUUAAUGGAAUAUGCCUUCAAGAACAUAGUAUAUGCUCUCACAGAUAUUGGGCGCGAGCUUCCUCAGUUCAAGGAACAUAUUGAACUGUUUGAAAGAAGCGAAGACGCAAAAGAUGUUUUGGGUCUAUUUUAUCGGGAAAUCCUGGAUCUUCAUCUUGUUAUUCUAAGGACAUUUAAGAAGAAAAAUACAAAAUUGAUAUUUGAGUCAUAUUGGCCGAGAACAAAAGAAAUGAUCAAGUUUUUCAAAGAAAACAUGGGCCGGUACAAGAACUUGUUGAAUGAGCAUGUCACCACAGACCAGAUCACUCAAGAAUAUGAUGCUCGCCAAUUGGCAUACGAGGCAAGGCAUGAUGAAGACAAGACGAACGGCGACAAGGAUUAUGAAACAGCGAGAAACUACAUCGCACCGCGCUUCUACGAGGAAGAGCUUGAGAAGUUCCAUAGAGGGAUUAACCCGGAGUCUGGAAAUUGGCUGCAUGAGAAUGAUGAUUUUAAAAGGUGGCUUGAUACAGAUGACUCGACAAUGCGGACUUUGUGGCUUCAGGGAAUCCCUGGCGCAGGGAAAACAGUGUUGGCUGCAAAUAGUAUCAUUCGAAUGCGGCAAGCGGAGGCGCAACUAUUGUUUGCAUUUUUAACCUUCGAUGAUAAAGAGCAAGAUCAUGCAGUGAAGGUACUGCAAUCCCUUAUGUGUCAAAUGACUAACAGAAACGCUCACAUGUGGCCAAUCCUCCAUGAGAGGUACAUCAUGGAUGCCGGCAAAUUGAAAAGCAGCCGGUCAUAUCUUGAAGAUCUCUUCAUAGAGCUUUUGAGAGAUGCAGGACACACCUUCAUCAUUAUUGACGGAGUAGAUGAAGUUGAUCAGCUGCAGAGGGAGUGUUUGUUGAAAUCACUCCUAAACGUCAAAGAAUCAUGCAAAAAUAUCAAGUUGCUCAUCAGCUCUCGUGUGGAGACAGAUAUAGCUAGGGACCUGAAGAAAAGAGCAUUCUCAAUUCGCGUUGAUCACAGGAAUGCGGGAGAUAUUGAGACAUAUGUCAACCAUGAAGUAGAUGAAUGGCUACCCCGUCUUACAGGUUUCGGGGCCAAUGAAAGUACAUCCUCUCAAAUAAAACUCGCAUUAGGAGGUCUCAAGAAAAAGGCAAAUGGUAAUGGACCUGGCUGCAUAGUCAUAACUGCGCUGACUUCUUUACAACUAGGAAUGUUCCUCUACGCCAAGCUCGUAAUGCAUAUUGUGAAAACUCAAGACAAUCUCGAAGAUAUUCGAAAGGAGACGGAGAAUCUUCCGAGUGGCCUUGAGCAAGCGUAUGUCUCCGAAAUUCUGAUCGGUCUGCCAGGCAAUGAUGAAGCUCACGGUGUUCCAGAUACGGCCGAAUCUUGCAGGGAAUCGAGAAGAGAGAAAUCUAUGACAGACUUGCAGCUAUCAUCAUUCUACAAUGGAUUGGUUGUGCAACACAUCCGCUCAGAGUACAGGAGCUCCUCCAGAUUUUGGCUAUACAGCACCACUCGGAUAACUUCUCGAAAGGUCGUUGGGUUUUUCGUAAUAUUCAAGAAACGUGUGGCCCGUUUAUUGAAAUUGAGAAAGGAAUAGUUCGCUUUGUGCAUUUUACCGCAAGAGAGUAAGUCAGGUCCUCCUCUAAAUAAGCUACAAUUGUUAAUUGCUACUAUCCAGGUAUGUGUUCGGGGGUCAGAGCAAAUAUUUCAUCCGUACCCCUGACACACAUUGCUUAAUUGCGUCGACUUGUCUCAAAUAUCUGUGCUUUGAAUCACUCAAUGACAUAUUCAGUCAAGACAUCAAUGAAGAAGAAACAGGACAGAAGAUUCUCCAGGGCGACUUUAUCAUUUUCCAUUACGCGGCAACCCAAUGGAUACAUCAUGUAAGGGAAUGCGCAAGAGAGAUCAAGCCAGACUAUCUUCAAAUGUUGAGUAGAAUCAUUACCGACUUUUAUUUGUCCCGGAGAAACCAACGUUCGACCUCUGUUAUUCCUCAGCGAUCAGCAUACAUUGAUUUUGUAUCGUUUGGCAAAUGGUCUGAUGUACAAAGAUUCUUGGCUCUUGUGCAGGACUUUCAAUAUAGGCUUGAGAUAGGGCAUCUGUACACUGACGG